AUUAAUUGAUUUGUUAAGUACUACUACGACUACUAUAUUUCUUGUUCCUCUUCUACACAUUUCCUUUGCACGUGUUGAAUCAAUGUUUUUUUUGAAUUUCCUGUUUUGGCAGAUUAUUAUUGUUAUUAUUAUUACAAAAGGAAAGGAAACCGUUUGAUACAACAAGCUUUUCAAAUUUAAAGAUUCAUUGCUUGUUUCAAACCAACAAACAAUAUGUAUGGUUCUCAGAAUCACAAACGGAUGCUUGAAAUGUUUGAGAAAGAAUUAGGAAGAGAUAGAGACGAUGGAUUCGAGAUCGAACCAGAUGUUCCUUCAGGUGAUGAUAAUGAUAAUGAUAAUGAUGAACAACAAUCUAACCAACCACCCAAAAAAAGGAGCUACCGCCGCCAUACGCAGCAUCAAAUACAAGAAAUGGAAGUGUUCUUCAAACAUUGUCCCCACCCUGAUGACAAGCAAAGAAAAGAGUUGGGACUUCAGCUUGGGUUAGAGCCUUUGCAAGUCAAGUUUUGGUUUCAAAACAAGCGCACUCAGUUGAAGGUUCAAAGUGAAAGAGAAGAGAAUGAAUUCUUGAAAGCAGAGAUAGAAAAGCUUCGCAGUGAGAUGAAUAGGUAUAAGGAGGCCAUAAGUAAUACAACAUGUCAUCUGUGUGGAACCCCAGCUACCGUUGGUGAAAUGUCGUAUGAGGAGCAACAAUUGAGGUUGGAGAAUGCUUUAUUAAGAAAAGAGAUAGAAAGGUUGGCGGAGGAUGCAACGGAAUCUCAUACCAACAUUUCGUCAACACAAACUAGCAAUCAAUUAGUGGUUUCACGGUCGGUGGAUGUUGGUAAUGGUAAGUAUAAUAUUAAUAAUGGGAUGGUAGGAGAAGCAUAUGGUGGUAAUGGUGAGCUUGUUAGGUCAAUACAACUUCAAGGUGUUGAAGAUAAAAGGAAGAUUGUUGAGCUUGCUGUUUUAGGAAUGGAUGAACUGACUAAAUUAGCUUUGGCUAAUGGAAACAAUUUAUGGCUCCCAAACAACAACCUCAAUACUGAGAUUCUAAAUGAAGAUGAAUACGUGAGGCAUUUCCCUCGAGCUACAGCUCCUAAACCAUUGGGUUUAAGAACUGAUGGUUCUAGAGAAUCCGUUGUGGUUAUCAUGAAUCAUAUUAAUCUCAUUGAUAUUCUUAUGGAUGUGAAUCGAUGGUCGAGUAUGUUUAGCGGUGUUGUUUCAAGAGCUGUGACACUCAAAGUGCUUUCAACUGGAGUGGCGGGAAAUUACAAUGGAGCCUUGCAAGUGAUGUCAGCUGAGUUUCAGGUGCCAUCACCAUUUGUUCCAAGUCGUGAAAACUAUUUUGUGAGGUACUGUAAACUUCAUGUAGAUGGGGUAUGGGCAGUGGUUGAUGUGUCAUUGGAUAGUCUUCGACCUGCAGCUAGUGGGAGUAGCACUGCCUCUAGAACCCAAAGAAGACCUUCUGGUUGUUUCAUUCAAGAACUGCCUAAUGGCUACUCUAAGGUUACAUGGAUUGAACAUGUAGAAGUGGAUGAUAAGAUGGUGCAAAAUAUAUACAAACCACUAGUUGAUUCAGGGCUUGCUUAUGGAGCUAAACGCUGGGUAGCUAUUUUACAGAGACAAUGUGAACGUCUUGCUUGUUCUAUGUCCAGCAACAUGCCAACAGGGAACCUUGGUGUGAUAAUGAGUGUGGAGGGAAGGAAGAGUAUGUUGAAUCUUGCGGAAAGGAUGGUAACUAGCUUUAGUACUAGUAUUGGUGAUUCAACAAUACAUGCUUGGACAAGUUUACCCUCCAAUGGACCUGAGGAUAUAAGAGUCAUGACAAAAAAAUAUAAUGAUGAACCAGGAAGUGGCAGACCCACCGGUGUUGUCCUUAGUACUGUCACUUCUUUCUGGCUUCCUGUUCCUCCUAAGAGGCUUUUUGAUUUUCUUCGUAAUCAAAACUCUAGAAGUCAGUGGGAUAUUCUCUCUAGUGGGGGUAUAGUUCAAGAAAUGGCACACAUAGCAAAUGGUCAUGAUCCUGGCAACUGUGUCUCUUUACUUCGUGUCAAUAGUCCAAAUAUAGGGCAGAGUAAUAUGCUGAUACUGCAAGAGAGUAGCACUGAUAUAACUGGAUCAUAUGUAAUAUAUGCACCUGUGGAUAUGGCUGCUAUGAAUGUAGUCUUGAAUGGAGGUGACUCAAACUGUGUUGCUCUGCUUCCUUCUGGUUUUGCUAUUGUUCCUGAUGGUUCUGGACCAAAUGGAGGACCAAUACCUGAUCUUCUAUCUGGAGGUUCUCUUCUCACUGUUGCAUUUCAUAUUUUGGUUGAUUCUGUUACAAAUGCAAGGCUUGCUCUUGGUUCAGUUACCACUGUUAACACUUUGAUCAAGUCCACUGUCGAAAGGAUUAAAGUUGCAGUCAUACCUAACAUCACCUGAUUUCACUACUUUCAUAUUUGAGGCAGAACAAAGCUAAGAUGACAAGGUUGGAGUGCUGCAUACCUAGUUUUUCAAACAAUGUGAACAAGUCAAUAAACGCACCUUCGAAACUUUGAAGAAACUUAGGUUCGAGUAUUGACUUUUACUAAUUGAAAACCAAAGUUGUUCAAUAAAGUCUUGUUGUUUUAACUUUGAAUAACUGCAAAUUUCACCUUCUCUAUUUAUUUUAGCAUAUAAAUUUUGUGGGUUGUAUUUUAGACUUGAGUAAACAUUACUCAAAUUGGUGUCAUAUUGUUGUAAUAUUGUGAACUCGAGCAAAUUUUCUCUCUUUU